AUGAAUAAAGGGAAGCAUGUAGAGAGGAGGAAGGAUGCUGAAGGUUUUAUAAGAGUGGAGAAAAAGCAAUGGAGGCUGAAAGCUGGAAGUAACCCCAAGCUUUCUGUUCAAGGUAAGGAAAUUGUAUCUGGAAACAAUGCCAUUCUUCCGGGGCAUUUAAGAGCAAGUACAUCGAAUAGGGAUCAUGUGGAGAUGAGGAAUAAUGUUACUAAUGAAGUAGUUCAUCCUGGUGCGAAUGUGAAGAAUGCUACAAAGAUUUCAGGUAUGAAUUCUUUUUCUGUUGGUUCUGGGUCUUCUUCUCAUACGAUCCAUUCUUCCCAUUCUAUGGCUACGCCUACUCCUAUCAWUGAUUCAGUAGUCAAAAAAUUUCGUUUACCACGGAGGGGAGUUAUGUUAGAGCCUGUGAUAGACACUAACCGCUAUGGCGUUCUGAAGAAGUUAAGUGGGGAGGAAACUAUUGUGGAUCAUCAUUUGGUUAUGGAUACAGACCCUGUUGCGAACACUUUGAAUAUGGAUAGACGGGAGCAUGGGGAUUCCCUUGAAAGUGUGUGCUCAAAGCUUUUUGGCCGGUGGGCCUGGAUUACUAAUCAAGUUGCGUGUGUCUCGGGUACACGUAUAAUCCUUUCUUGGAAUUCGCGUAAAUUAGAUGUUAUGGUUAUGGAGACUCAUAAUCAAUUCCUGAACUGUAAAGUUUCUGUACGAGGUGGUCAAGACUUUUUCUUUUUUUCCAUGGUAUAUGGUGCAAAUGCUUGUAAUCGAAGAAGAGAAUUAUGGUCGGGGUUAAGGAAGUUUAAAGUCUUGAUUGGUGCAAAUCCUUGGAUAGUAAUGGGUGAUUUCAACACCAUGUUAUUUUCUCAUGAUGGGUUUGGUGGGUCUUCUCGCCGUAAUAUUGAUAUGUCUGAUUUUUUUGCGUGUGUCGAGGAUGUUGAAGUUUUUGAUUUGCAUUACUCUGGUGUUCACUUCUCUUGGAACCAAAAGCCGAAUUCUGAGGGGGGAAUCAUGCGUAAACUUGAUAGGGCUAUGGCUAAUGCAGAAUUCACUUCUAAAUUUCAUGAUGCUAAUGUUAAAUUUCUUCCUGCUGGACUUUUGGAUCAUUCUCCGGUGAUUAUUUCCUUCAAAGGAGGUUUACGGCAACCAAGGUAUGGGUUUAAAUUUGAUAUUUUCAUGGCUGAGCACCCGGCUUUCUUGCAAAUUGUUAAGGAGGAAUGGUCUCAUUAUGUUGAGGGGACUUUUAUGUAUCGGGUAACUUCCCACUUAAAAGCUCUUAAGGUCCCUCUUCGUCGCCUUCGUAAUACCUUUGGUAAUCUUGGGAAGAGGGUUGUUUUUUUAAAAACGGAGUUAGAUCGUGUUCAAUUGGAUUUUGAUAGAGAUCCGUCUAAUACUGAGAAGUAUGACUCUCCUGAUCCGGUUAUGCCUGAAGACUCUUUUACGAAAAAUCUCUCUAUUUUGGAGGCUAAUUAUAUGAUCCGGCCGAUUCUUUCUGAAGAAAUUAAAUCUGGUAUGUUUCAUAUUGGCAAUCAUAAAGCUCCUGGCUCUGAUAGGCUUUCUUCGAGAUUUUUUAAAGCAUCUUGGGACAUUGUUGGGCGUGAUGUGGAGCUUGCUAUCCAUAAUUUCUUUUAUCGAGGUAAUCUCCCGAGGGAAUUGAAUCACACGCUUAUUUGUCUUAUCCCUAAAUCUGUUAAUGCUUCUGAGGUUACGGAUUACCGGCCUAUAGCUUGCUGCAAUGUACUUUACAAAUGUAUUAAUAAAAUCAUUGUAAACAUAAUGAAGGAUUAUUUGGAUUCUUUAAUAGAUAAGGCCCAAUCAGCUUUUAUCCCUGGUCGAAAGAUUAAGGAUAAUAUUAUUAUGGCACAUGAGCUAGUUUCUGGAUAUCAGACUAAGAUUGGUCCUCUUAGAUGUGCUUUCAAGAUAUAUAUUAAAAAAGCUUAUGAUAUGGUGGAUUGGCGGUUCCUCGUUAUUAUGAUGCAGGGUUUGGGGUUCCAUCCAGUUAUGGUUAAGUGGAUACGGGAGAUGGUGUCUACUACUUCCUACUCUCUUGCGAUUAAUGGUGAAUCUUAUGGGUUUUUUCAUGGUGGUAGGGGUCUUCGGCAAGGGGAUACUUUAUCUCCAUAUCUUUUCACGAUCGUGAUGGAGGGAUUUUCUAUGAUCCUUAGGAAUUGUAUUCGGGAGGCUUCGGAUUUUGAGUACCAUCGGGGUUGUGAGGAGCUGGACUUGACUCACCUGUGUUUUGCUGAUAAUUUAUUUGUUUUUACUAAAGGUGAUGUCCAUUCGGUGGAGGUGCUUAAAAAGGCUCUUUCUCUCUUUCAACAACGGUCGAGUUUAGAACCAAGUCUUGUAAAGAGUGAGAUCUAUUUUGGGAAUGUGCCACCUAAUAUUAAGGAGGCUAUUCUGGCGUGUCUUCCUUUUAAGCUUGGAUGGUUUCCUGUCCGUUAUUUGGGUGUACCUUUAUCUCACGCUCGAUUGAAGAUCAGUGAUUAUCGGCCUUUGAUUGCUAAGGUUCAGGGUCGUAUUCUCAAUUGGAAGUCUAAGUUUCUAUCGUUUGGUGGACGUCGUCAACUUAUUAUAGCGGUCCUUCAAUCUCUUCAGUUGCAUUGGAUGUCCGUGUUCCUUUUUCCGUCUGGGAUAAUUCAUGAUCUUGAAUCGAUCUUCCGGAAGUUUCUUUGGGCGCCUAGGGACGAUCCUCGUGGGCGGUGUAGAGUAUCAUGGGAAGUGGUGUGUAGGUCGUUUGAAUCGGGGGGUCUUGGUAUUAAAAGGUUGGCGACCUGGAACAGGGCUUUACUAGCUAAACAUGUGUGGGAUAUUGUUCGCCAUCAUGAUUCUUUGUGGGUUCGUUGGGUUUAUCGGCAUAAUCUUCGUUCAUCCCAUUUUUGGUUGGUACGGAAAAAUUCUACUUGGUCAUGGGUCUUCCGUAAAUUGUUGUACUUACGUCCUCAACUGCGUCGGUAUUUCGUGUCCCGGAUUGGUGAUGGACGGGAUACAAAUGCUUGGGAGGAUUCUUGGCUUCCUUGUGGUCAGCUUUCGGGUUUUCUGUCCUAUCGGUUUAUCUAUUCUUGUGGGUUCUCUACUGGUACUACGCAGUGUCUUCCUACUCAAUACCGUUUGCUUUGGAAGGAUGAACCUCCUGACCUUGUGUGCUCACUAUGUGGUCAGAGUGUGGAUAGCCAUUCACAUUUAUUUUUCCAGUGUACUUUUGCUCGUGAAAUAUGGGAUACUAUAUUGCGUAUUGCGGACUUGAAGUCUAUACCUGCUGUGUGGAAACAAAUUUUGGGUACUAUUUCCUAUCGUCGUCCAAAGCGGUUAAAGCAGAAACUUGCGGUGGCGGCAUCUGUCAAUUUAUCUGGCAAGAAC